CGCCCCCUUUCCGAGCAGCCGACCGACCAGAACUAGCCGCAGUCAUGGGGCACGAAAAAUGUUGAUUCUAUAGCUUGUUUCUUUACGCAUGUUGUUUUUCUUAAAAAUCCUAGGAAUCGGGGUUUCACUAUAGAUUCGGGAGCAAAAUUGCGUCAAAAUGUUGAGGUUUGGUAGCAGGAACGACGUAAAUACAACCUUCAAAUGCACAGUGCGCUUACUGGAUGACACUGAGGUCCUCGAAUGCGAAUUUCAGGCCGUUUAUGAAGGAAAAGAUCUAUUAGAUCAAGUUUGUCAGCAAUUAAAUUUAGUAGAAAAGGACUACUUUGGUCUUCGAUAUGUUGACCUGAACAAACAAAGACAUUGGCUGGACCUGAACAAGACAAUUUUAAAACAAGUCAAAUAUGUGGAUCCGUUACUCUUCAGUUUUCGAGUCAAAUUCUAUCCACCAGACCCAUUUCGCUUAAAAGAGGAAAUCUCCCGCUAUCAAGUUUACCUACAGCUUCGUCGUGAUCUCCUUCAUGGCCGUCUUUAUUGUACCUCAAAUGAAGCAGCACUUCUUGCAGCAUAUGUUGUUCAAGCUGAUCUUGGGGACUUUAAUCCUGAAGAUCAUGAGGGGAACUAUGUCCAAGAUCUUCGACUACUUUUAAAACAAACUCCUCAAAUUGAGGAAAAGAUUAUUGAGCUUCAUCAGACUCAUCUACAUGGACAGUCACCACAGGAAGUUGAAACUAACUUCCUACGUCGUGCUUGUGUUCUAGACACUUAUGGAGUAGAUCCUCACCCAGUCAAGGACCACCGAGGUAAUCAGCUGUACCUUGGAAUAAAUCAUUUGGGCAUCCUCACAUUUCAAGGUUCCAGGAAAACUCACCAUUUUCGUUGGCCUGAAGUGCAUAAAAUCAACUAUGAAGGCAAAAUGUUUAUUGUGCACUUGACAUACAAUGAAGAUCCUCGGACAAAGAAAAAGCAGACUGUUGGAUUUAAAUGUCCCACUGGGGCCGCAUGCCGACAUGUUUGGCGCUGUGCUAUUGAGCAAAUGCUUUUCUUUACUCUGCCAUCAGGAUCUGUAGUUCCUGUGGUCUCGGGUGGCAGUUUCUUCUCAUUUGGCACUAAAUUUAAGUACACUGGGCGAACAGAACGUGAAUUACUGGAAGAAGUUGGACCCCUCCGCCAGGAAGAGCCAACAAUUAAUCGCCUUGGCAGCUUGCGACGUAAAGCGUCAAGUGUUCCUGCUACACCUUCCUCACCCACAGACAUGAGUGAUAUUUGUUAUCUUCCUCGCUCCAAUCACUCUGUCCCAGAUUCUAGAUUAGAUGGUGGGCCAAGUCUACUUGCUUCAAAUGACGAAGGUUCAUUUUGCUUGGAAAAUAAUUUGCCACUUUUAGAAACUGUUAGUGAAGACCAUGAAAUUCAUUCUAGACAGAGGAAUACAGGUGGUUCUUAUGGUAACCUCUUCUGUGACAAUCAGUCCCAUAAUGAAACUGAAGUUAAGAGAAAAUCAAGCCUUCUGUCUAUGCUUACUGAAAAUUUUACUGGAGAUUGUUUGGAAGAUAUUCAAGAAGAAGAUGAGGAGGAAGAUGAGGAUGUUGAAGAUGACAAUAAUGAUGAAAAACUCUUAAAAAGUUUCCAUGAUAAAGAGAUAAUGAAUGACAACAAUGAUAAUGAAGAAGAUAAAUAUAAACACGGGGAAGUUUUUGAAAUUAUUUGCAGUGAAUGCAAAAGUGGUUCAAAAGACACAGAAUACACCCAUGAGACACACUAUAGUAUUCAGGGUUAUUUGCUGAAUCAAAAUGUUCAAAGUUACCAGCAAAGUUUGACUAAUAACGAUAUGACUGCUUCUGUGGUGUGCACUGAUAAAAAAUGUGGGGGUCAGAAAUCUAUCUAUCCUCAGUUACUGAGCAUUAGCUUGAAAUCAAUUGGGUGUGUGUUAUCUGAACGUAUGUCAUAUCAGGGUUUGGGUAACAAAGAACGCGAUUUAGAUAUGAUGGAUGGUGCUGUACAUGGAAUCACAGAUUACUACCUGAGAGAGCCUUACGACCAGUCUUCAACAGAGCUGAUUGAUGGACAGGGCCGCUCGCAUAGGUCAUCAAGAUCCCAAACACCAGUAGCCCGAGGGAAAACUGGAAGUAAGCUGUCCCUGAACAGUGGCGCUUUGGUUCCUGCACAAGGUGGAGUCGGUGAGAAUUCUGGAGUUCCUAAUCAGGAAUCACUUUCUCACCGAGUAAGGCUGCGAGCUAGUUACCUCUUGCCAGCAGUGAUUUUUACUGGUGUCCUCCUGUUGUUAUUUUUUGCUCUUGUGCUCGAGUCACCUGAUGAUGGGGUUCUUGCGCCCAUGCGUCGCUUGCCUGAGGUAGUAGCUAUUCGAACAUUAUAUUAUGAGCCUGCAAAGGAAUUUUUGAGAGGCCGCAUUACCGCAUGGAUGGAGUGAGACUACGUUCACAGCAAGAGGAUGACAGGAAGGCUUGGCAACAGGCGACAUGUGGUAAAUUAACAAGGAAAUGAAAUUUUCAAAUCUUGAGAUCUACCCUACAUAUGAUUUGUAUGUAAACUAACAACUUCAGACCUACCUCUUGCUGUGCCAUCCAUUCGAAACUGAAUGUUUGUUGUCUGCAUAUUCACUGUUCAUGUUUUCAUUAGCGAGAUUCUUGGCUUUUAAAAGCCAUUCUUCCGAUCCGACUGGUCAUUCUUCAUUUUGUUGGGUAUGUUACAGUUGCCAAUAAUAUGCUUUGUAAUGUUCCAUUUUACACCUCAAAGACAUUCCAUUAUUUAUCAAUUUUUUCAUUUGUGCUGCUGGCCAAUUUUUGGUACGAUUUCUUAAUGUGAUUGACAGUUAGUUGGUUAUCGUUUAUUUGAUUUUUUAAAAUAGUUCUAUGAAUUGAAGCAGUGCAGCAUUUUUUAUGAUAAACAUUUUUUCUGUUUUGUUUUCUUUUGCCAAAGAAAGAGCUAUGAUUUCUAAAAUCAUACUUGAUUGGACGUAUAAAUGUAGAUUUAGAGAAAGAUUUUAAUCCACUAUUUGUUUUAUAGGAGUAAGUAUAGUAUACUGUUUUUUUUUCUGAAUAUUUUCUUUUAUUUUUUUGUUUGCCACUUUUUUGCAUUGUUUUGGUUUAUGUAUUUAUCUAUCUAACCCUUAGUGCUCAAGCAGUUCAAAGUUUUGUGAACAACCCAUUGUUUCCCUUAGUUUAACUACUUAACUGAAGGGUAUUGUGCAAGCAUUCACAUGACAGAAGGAUGGUCACUUGAUGGGCCUAAAACCUCUGCCUUAGCACCUUGUUACUCAGAACAUCUCUGCCCUAACCUUUUAUUAAGUGCAGUGCCCAAGAAAGUUUUGCUUUAAAUGCAGAGAAUCUCAUAGAUGUAGAAAUAUUUUGACAUUGGAAGCAAGUAUGUUAUUGACAUGUUACUAUAAGUUUCUUGCCAUAUUGCCAUAUGUUGUGAAGUGAUCAUCCUUUGGUUUAGUUUAUAUUCUGUAAUAAUUUCAUGGAUUAUUCAAUGUAUGCCUUUGACGGGAAGCGUUAUUUGAUAACGGAAGUUUUCAUGACCAUUUUUGUCUUGUUUGUUGUAAAUUUAUUUUAAUUUUCAUUGUGUGUGCACAUGUAAUCUCAGGUGGUGUAGGAAAAUUAGUUGUAAGGGACAUGUUUGUUUUUCUUAAUGUUAAGUCUUGCAUGUUUCUGUUAAGUUGUGGACUUUAUGUUGCAGUUUGACUUUGAUCAUUCCAUUUUAACUGACCUAGUCAGAAUGCAGUUGUCUCUUCUGAAACAUUCCCUUUUGUUUUGUCUUUUAGCUGUGAUUUUUGUUUUAAAUUGCUUUUAAAGAUUCACAGACUUUUAUCUACCUUAUGUAUUUUUAAUAUGGUAUGGUUUUUUGCUCUCUAUCCAUUUUGUUAGCAGUCCUAACUGAGGUUUCUUUUUAAUUUAUUCACAGUUCAAGUUUGAAUCCAAAUGAAUGAAAUGAAUUGUUGAGUGUAGCAUUGCAUCACCUUUAAAAUUGACUCUUUAAUUUUGCAUUUGUGCUUUAGAGGCCGUUAAAUCCUUCUCUCCCCCCUCCCUUUUUUAUGCUGUGUGAUUUAUUUCCAAGCAAGCACUUCUGUAUAGGGUAAUUCUCUUUUCCAAUUGGCUGGUAUUCGUAUUUUUCUAGCUGUUUAUACAGUACCUUCAAAUGAAUUCUUGAGACUCUUGCUGUCUACUGAUUGGACAUUUUAACCAAUUAACUUUGCCCUACAGGGACACUUUGAUUACAAUACAAAGUGUCUUUGCUCCAUUUUCUUCCUGUAAUGCCAAUGAAUGAAGUUUUUAAGUUUUUACUACAGUUGAAAUUUUAUUAUGUUUAUUAAAUAGCAUACUCCAAAAUUUUCCAAACUCUUAAUUAUGGCUCUAAAAUAAUUGCCGAGGAAAAAAGAUCAAUGUGUUAUUUGGGUAUAUUUGUUCUUGUAAAGUAAUCCUGUAACAGCUCAAUUCACCCAAGACUUUUCUUGAAAUAAUAUGCUAUAGGUAGUAGUACUUUGAAUAACUGCUUUCAGCAUAGUUAAAGUGAGAAAACUGUGCAUUUGACGUUGUGCAUUUAUCUUAGCCAUAUAUUGUACUUCUAAGCUCUCUUUUCGUCACGGCAAACUGUAAUUAGUUGUUCGUGCAGUGUCACAUUCUACCACAUUCAUUUUAAUUGAGAUCCAUCUAAUGCAGAAAGGGUGUUCAGGAGCUGUGUGUUGGUUUUGUUCCUCUGAUACUUUCAAUAUACACUGUGAUUUUCACCAAAGAUAAGUGAACAGGCUUGAAAAGUGUCUGCCUUAGCCAUGUGUUUCCAGGUUUUCGGUCACUGUAUCAUUUUAGCCAAUAGCCACUGGAAGAACAAGUUCCUCAUAUUCACCUCAAACUUUCAUGAGAAUUAAUUUCCAUGAAUCUGUUUAAAAUGUUUGUGACAUAUUUUUAUGCACUAUUACAUGAGGCACAUACCUAGAUUAAAGCGAACUGAAACUAAGUUACUUCUGUAAUUGUGAGCCAUCACUUACUCAGCGAGGAAGAAGUACUCUCCUGUAAUUCUCAAACUAAGAGAAAAUAUUCUCAUUUUAUUUUUAUAGCCUAGACUGAUUGUUCCAUCUUCUGACUGUUGCCAAUCAAGAAGAUACUGUAUGUUUAUUUGGUGCAAGUAAAAAUUAUAAUUUAAAAACUAAUGUUUGCUAGUAUUUGUGAGGACAAAUGUAUUUUUGAGGUGUGGUGCAUUUUUGUAGUUAAGGAAUGGUGGGAUGAUGGAUAUUCCUUAAAAUAAGGUGUGAAGUACAAUGUAUUUUGGGUGCCUAUUGUUAGUAUAGCCUUAUUUGUGGAUUGUCAACUCCAAAAUCCUUUUCUUGUGAACUAAUUCAGGUUACCCACUUCUAAAUGCUUUCCUAUUUGCUCUUACAAUCAUUCUAUCCUCUUUACUCUUAGUGAAAGUUGAUACCUAAAUGGAUUGCCCAUUUCUCUAGAUUGUAAUGUUUUACCUUGCAAUUUUGUGAACAUUAAAUAAAAUUUUCAUUGUUGAUAAAUUUUAGUUUCAAAGUACCCGCAAUUUAUCUGGCCUACCUCAAAACACUUAAAAAUAUCUCUUAAAUGUUUAAUGUGCCUGUUGACUCUGUUGUAGGAAAGACUGUAAAUCUUUUUAAUGUUAUUUCAAGGCAGGAAAAUCACUUCAGUCUGAUUAUGUGUACUACAUUUCAAAGAAAUCAAAACCAAAAAGCUAAUGCUUUGCCUCCUUCCUAACAUAUAUUGUAACAUUUUUAGGUACUGCAUUUAUACCUAUGAACUGGAUAAGAUAAGAGUUUGAAUUUGUGGAAAAUACAUGUGUCAAAUUCUGUUA